AACCCCGCCUCAAAGAAGCAUUAUUUCACAACUCAAUCAAGAAGCCCACAGCGACUAUCCUUUCGCACCACUUUGAAGCAUAAGGUAUUUUGACAUCAUCAGUAAGAUGAGAAUAUCUAUCGCGUGUCUGGUAUUGUUGAUGGCUAGGCUUUACGGGGUAAUGGCAAGAGAAGCUCUCCAUACCGCCGCCAUUCACUAUCAUGAGAAGAGCCGUACCUUAACCCCCCCAAACAAUUACAAUGGCUGGGUCAACCCUGAAGACCUCCCUGCUAUGCCACAAUGCAUUGCUCAGCAGAAUCAAUCCGCCUGGUUGAAUGCCAUAACGGAGUGCACGGCCAAACAGUGUACCUCAUACUUUGGGUUUAUUUGCACCCAUCAGCAAUGGCUGACUGAGCUCUGCUGUCUCACCAUUGCAUUUCCCUCUGAUGUUCUCGAGAGUUAUCUCCCCUACUGCGGUAGAUCAGUACUCGCCAAGGCGCAGUUGUAUCUAUGGAUUUGGAAUGUAACCGGCCGAACGUGGCUUGUCGAUGUUGGCGACGCGAACGGGCUGCAGAAUCUCUCCCCAGCCUCCCUAGCUGAAGGCUAUGCGGACCUGAGCGUGAUCUAUAAUGCACCAUCAUGUCUGACUGGCUCGGUUUCCGCUCAGUCGAUGGAACGAUUUCAACAUGUGGUAGCCUCCUGUAUGUUCACUGGCACUACCCAACAUACCGGAAAUGCCGCUCGUCCUUGGGAAUAUAGUGAAUUUCUACAGUCAAUGAUCGCUCUGGAUUUCGAAACUGUUGGUUACGAUCUCACCCGAUAUAGCAUCAGAGACGGCGACUAUAUUGAUAAAGAGUGCUUCUGCAACGCCUUUACUGUAGAUCUAAAAAGCGAACCCUGCUUAGGGUCAGGGCAAAUGGACCUGACAAAGGAGCGGCUAUGGAUGAAUGCCACUUGUGGGUCGAUGUCCCUACCUGGUAACUGGACGGACAAGCUCAAAACCACCGAAUUUGCGUACAUCCCUAUUGAGGACUGGCACUGGCCCAUGUGUGUCGCGGAUAUGCCGAAGCAGGUGAUCGAGCUUCCUGAUCAGUGUGCGACUGAUGCUUGUGAGAUCGACUUAGAUGGUUACUGCAAAGUUAAGCGCGCAGUUGAUAGGGCUUGCUUUUGCCGCGACAUCAGCUACGAUUCCUGCGGAGGUUUGUGCCAGAUAUUCGAGACCCGAAUAGACUAUAUCAAUUGGCUUCGCGACCUUUGUGGAAAUGUAAAGGAUUGGCAUGGUCUACCUCAUAACUGGCGUCAAUUAGCCGCUCCCACGUCUCUCGACAUGAUUCCAUGGCGAUGGACUGUCAAACCGUCUAACUGUUCAAACAGUGCCCAUAUUACCCGUUUGGGAUAUAUCAGACCAACGGAAACAUGCGCCUCAAAUGGAUGGAAGCUCAGAAGCUUUGCUCUAGUCAAUAUAGCUACGUUUCUUGCUGCGUUCCUCAGCCUUCAAAAAGUUAUGCGUCGAAUCGCACGCGAUUUUCCACGACAUUCACGCCCGUGGUGUUGGUUGUUCAAGGGAAUCAUCAUAACCGCUCUUCAACUCCUUGCAAACUGGUUCAAUGUGUUUCUCGUCCAGACAACCCCUGGCUAUAAGGAUGUCCCCUUAUUCCAAUUAAUGCUCCUCUGGUGCUCAAUACCUCGACCCGCCUGGCUAACAAUUUUGCUGGUUGGUGUACAACCCUUUGAAACGAUGAAUUUCUCUGCCGCUGGGUCUUCUUUAUGUGCAGAAGUGUUACUCCAGUUUGCCUCAUCAUAUUAUAUGUCUACAACCAUCAACUAUGGCAGGGAGCAUAACCUCUAUCUUGGAGGUAUGGAAGGAGCGGAGAGACAAGGGCUAGCAAAAAUUAUGUAUGAUGGAGCACUCAUGUGGCUCCUGAGCAUUAGCCUGGCACUCGCUCAAUUGGUGCGGACUACACGUAGGAUGAAUCGGUUGGUCAGAUUUAGUAGCCUCGAUCUACUAAAGUGGCAGAGAGGCAAGCAGACAAUAUGGAGCAUUGCGGAAGAGCUGAUGACCUAACGUUACGCACGGUUCAAGGAGAAUUUCGCACCCUAUUGGGUAGAUCAGUGUAUGAGCUCGGAAGAAACACCGCUGACAAAGUGCAAAGGAAGAGACGAUAUGAAGUAUGGCACUUUCUCUGUCGAAAGUCAAGAUCACUGGCUUUCUCAGAAACUAUUUGUGGAAUUAUAUGCGGCUACGGUUAUUUACAUGUUUUUCCUUUGGAUCGCGCAGUGGCUCUUCUGGGGUGUAUUUCUUAAGCUUAGUUCGGAAGAGUUCUGUCCUCCUAGGCUUGGGGUUCUCGCAGUAAUAUGGAUUGCUUUCUCAGUGG